AUGUCGUGGCCAGAUCCGGCAGGAAUUCCCUCCCUCCCAUCAGCUCCACCGGCGAGCCCUUCCUCACCGCAUCCAUGGCCUCCUUGUGCCCUUCCUCACCGCAUCGCCACCCAGACCCCUCCCUUCCCUCACCGCAUCGCCACCCAGACCCCUCUCCUCCUCCCCUCCCCGGCCCCAACCUUCCCGCCCUGCCGCCUCACCUGCACCCAUCGCCUCCUCCUCUCCCCUCCCCCGCACGCCGGCCGCCCGCGCCUCCGCGACCCGCCGCCGGCACCGGUGGAGGAGGACGCCGCCGCGGUCGUGGAGGAGUACGAGGCGCCUCCGCUCAGGCUCCUUGACCCGCCGCAGGAGGACGAGCCCUACCCGUACGAGAUGGAGGCGGUGGACCCCGACUUCUACCGAAUCGGGUACGCCUGGAUGAUGCGCGCCUAUGGGGUCGAGUUCCUUGAGGGCCCCAACGGCAUGGGCGUCUACGCCUCCCGGGACAUCGACCCGCUCCGCCGAGCCAGGCUGCACCUUGUAUUGAUGGCUCAUGUUUCUGUUCUUAAAAUUAGCACCCGGUGUCUCAGUGUCAUCUGGGACUUCGAUAUUCUAACGGCCAGUGGUGUAUGGAAGCACAAGAAGAGUGAUGGCCAUGAAGACUAUGGUCUUCUUGUUAGCGAGCCAGCCAUGACUCGUCCGACAUUUUAG